AGUACUGGGAACUAUCUGAGGACUCUCCACUCUUCCCCACGGUGAUUCCCCUGGUGUUGGAUUAAUCUGGAGCCAGUAUUUUUCAGUUUGUUUUUUUAUUUAGCUCAGAAGAUCCAACAAUGGGCUCUCAGGCAUCUAAGGGGGAUGUGAGUGCGGAGGGGAACGCUGCUGCUGAGGGCUCAGCCGUUAAAGCCGGCGGACAGGAGAACGGACAUGUGAAAACCAACGGAGACGUCUCAGCAAAGCCUGAUGGGGACGUGGCCACGACCAACGGCUCAGCUGAGGCGGCCAAGGAGCCUGAAACUGGUGCAGGAGGAGAUGUUAUUGAGCCAGCACCCGCAGCAGAUGGAGAGGCAGCCAAACCAGAGGGAGAGGCUUCAGCUAAGGAGACUCCCAAAAAGAAGAAGAAGAAGUUCUCCUUAAAGAAGACCUUCAACUUCAAACUGAACCUGAAGAAGAGCAAAAAGAGCGAGGCUGUAAAAGAGGAAGCUGCAGCGUCUGAGGAGAAGCCAGCUGAGAACGGUGCUGCUGUAGAUGAGAAGAAGGAAGAGGCUGUGAAGGCAGAGGAAGGGCUGGCUAAAGACGAGGCCCCCAAGGAGGAGGUCAAGGAGGCCAAGGAGGCGGCAGCUCCAGCUUCUGAGGCAACAAAACAGACGGAGGAGACGAGCUUGACUGCCUCUCCUUCUGAAAAGAAAGAGUGAUGGAGCUUUAUCUCAGAGAACUGAAGGAACUGUCUCAACAUAGAGAAAAUGUUAAUGUAUACAUAUAUACACAUGUAUGUGAGAGAUGGACAGCCCACUAGAUUCAUCACUGCCCUGGUCCUGGGCUGCUCCACAGACAUGGAUCUGAAUUGGUUAAAGCGCAGGCUAAAAAUCAGGAUGAAACAUGGAUGUGGACAAACACAUCCUUCACAUCGACACCUCCAGAUGCCUUUCUCCUGAGAUAACGGAGCUAGACAAACAAGGACACCAAUGAGAAGACUUUGGAGUAAAAAAAGACAUGGAAAUCAUCAUAAAGACACUUGUCAACUUUUUACAUUCCUAUAUUUUGACCCAGAUUUACAGUAUUUUGUGGUGUAUUACAGAGGAUACUUAAAGAUUCAGAGAAGCUAUUCCUAUUAAAAAGAUGAUUUGAUUUUUAAGCUCGCUAUGUCUGCUGUUGCAGUUUGAUAUGAAGACUUGUUUGCU